UCCCUUAGCAACGGCUGGGGAUGCCUUGGUACAGCCAGCCAGGGGCAGAGAGGGCUCUACAGGCUGAGUCCAUAGGGGCAUUGGCUGGGGUGUUUGCAUUAAGGUGUACAGCUCAGCAGAGUGAGACUGCUCUCUAGCUUGAGCUGUGACAGCUGCUUCCUCCUAAGCACUCAGCCAUUGGCACAACAAACUGCAGUUUUCUUUGUAUUUCCUGCACGAUUCAAAAGGCAGUCUGCAAAAAUGAGCCACCCUCACCCUGGACCACUUGCAACUUACAACAGCCUCACAGACAAACACUUGACUGGAUACUUCAGCAAUACAAGGAUAAGACGGCAUCUCCACCGAUCAGGGCUGAUCUCAAGAAGUGGAAGAAUAAUAUCAGAGAAAGAAUAUCGUCUCAAUGUGAUGAGGAAGGAUCACCAAAAAUAUGUUCGGGAGGGCCUAGCUCAGGCCAUAUUUCGCAGGGUCCUUGACAUGGAGCGUCAUCACCAACUAGAAAUAAAAAGAAAACUGGAAAAUGUUGUGAGGAAGGAGAGGGUGCAGAGAAUCAAGGUGGAACAUUCAAGAAGAUCAGGGGAAGAUGCUAAUCCUCUGCUCUCUCCACACCCACCCACCGCUCCAAGAAAUCAUUAUCGACACCCUCCUUUAGUUGAUGGAGAACAAUCUGGUCAUUCACAAUUGUCUUUCUCUCCUCGACCAAACACUGCACCAGAAAACAUGCACCGCCCAGUUCGGCUGCAACCGCUUCACAGCUAUGCCACAGCAGGAUCUGUACCAAAGGCUCUGAGUUCCAAGCAGAAGGUGUCAAUGCUUGAACACAAUCAUCAUUUUACCAAUGGGGGAAAUAAAGGUAUGAUAGGAUUGACAAAUUCAGUGGAUUACUCGAAUGGAAUAUCCCCAUAUCAACUUCCCAUCAUUAACAAUUAUGUGAUACCGGUGCCACCCCCACCCCAAAAAGGAGAUAAGAAUGGAAAGUCUGUGAGACAUGGGGCAGCCAGAGGGAGACUGUUUCGUCCCACCACUGCACCAAAUGGCUUGGAGCAACUUUUAACAAAGGAUUCAGGAAAAUUCCACAAGCCCUCAUUACGGAGCAACGCAUCUGUUACCAUGAUUUAUUUAGGAAAAAAUGUGCACUUAUCUCAUGAUGAUACCGAUUACAGAGAUGAAAUCAAAGUCUAUCAGCAGCAUUGUGGAGGAGAAAACCUUUGUGUUUACAAAGGCAAGCUCCUGGAAAGAGAGACCUUUCAGUUCACCUCAAAGCGGCAUCAUGGCUUCCCCUUCAGUCUCACCUUUUUUCUCAAUGGGAUACAAGUGGACAGGCUGAGCUCCUGCUGUGAAUACAAGCAUCGGAAAGGUGCAAGACUGGGAGGCAAACAAGGAUACUUUGGUUUCGUCAAUGUGGACAGAGCAUCCCCCUGCUAUCGCUGUAUUAUUGAAAUGGGUCUGGACAAAAAGCCCUCUCCUCCCAAGAAAGAAAUGAAAGAAGACACUAAAGAAAGGCUUGAGGAAUCAAUGAAAGUCAUAGAGCCCAAUGAACCCAGUGAAAGCAGUACUGAACAGGAGGCAAACAAAGAAUCAGCACUGGUUAUUUCAUCUGCCCAAGAAAAGGAGCCUUCAGAGGAUAAGAUGGAAAUUGAAGAGGAGGAAAGAAGAGAAGAAACAAGAAGGGGAAUAAAUGAUGAGAAUGACCAGGAAAACUCCAGCAAUGAUGUUUGUCACUUCAACAUUUUAAAAACAUUGGUGGAAAGAAACAGAGGUGAACAAUUAAAUUUGAAAGAGUAUGAUGAAGAUUUUGAAGCAGAUGAAGAGAAAUCAGAUGAAGAAGUUAAUGAAGAAGGACAGGCUGAUGAUCAAAUGAAUGGAAUGUCAAAGUCACCCUCAGAUGAUGAAAAAGAUAAUUUAGACCAUGAAAAGGAGAGUAAAAGCUCAUCAGAGAAGGCCUCUGACAGUGAGAAAGAUGAAAGUGAUGGAUACUCCGACAGUGACUCAAAGGAGGGUAAACAAGGUGAAGUAGAUGAAGCAGCUAUUUGUGAAAAAGUUGCAGCUGUGAGAAAGAUGCAGUGUUUUUAUAGAAACUAUAAAAGCCAACAGAAACUUAUCUCAGAUAGGAAGUCUGCAUCUCCUUUCUCAUCCAGCAGCGCCCUAUAUAGCAGUGAAGAUGAGUCUGAAGCUGAAAAGACAAAAGACAAUAUUACAGGCAAUGAAAAGGAAGAUAUUGAAAAGACUUCUGAUGAUCAAACAUACGCACAAUGUGAAAAAGAGAACAAGGACAGCAAACUACUGCAAAUGGAGGAAAACUUGGAAAUGGAAGCAGACGAGGAAAUGGAAAUGGAUGAAACCAGAAAGAUGGAAGCAGAGGAUGUGUCAUUUAGAGAAGGAAGUAAGACUCUUCCUGAAAGUAUCAUGGAAACAUUGCCCCAAGACACAGAUGAAAUCAAUGGGGAACUCAAACGUGGGUCAAUAGAAAAUAACACAAGGGAAGAUGGGGAGGAGGCUGGAAAUAACAUGAGGGAAGAUGGGGAGCAGGAUGUUCUAGUGCAUUUGGAAAGCAGCACUGUGGAAGCAGAGGAUAGAAACAAGGAGCCUCUUGAGGUUGAUGAAGGAGGUGAUUGCAAGUCUGUCCAAGAGAAAAUAGCAGAAGCAAUUGAAAAUGAUUAUCACUUGAAUUCUGAACCUGAACUCAGUGAUUCCAGUACAGAUGAGGAAGAAGAGACCUUAACAAGUGAAGCUCAUGACAUAAAUGAAGUGCCAGAUGGAGCUUUCUUGGCAGAAGGAACAAGAACAGUUGAAAUACAGAAAGCAACAGAGCAAAUGGUACAAGAUGGGUGGAUGAUGGGGGAGAAAAAAGAACUUGAGGAGGAAGAGUUUAUUGCUGAGGAAAGAACUGCUGGCACCAAUGAAGAAGGAGAUGAACGAGCUCUAGAGGAAGAUACAUUGUCUAAGAAAGAAGCAGCAUGUUUGAUGGAAGGGGCAGUAGAGAGCAGGCCUGCUGCAAAAGAGACAGUAUCUGAAGAGGAAGGAAUAAUGCAAGGAGACUCAGAAGAGAUGGGGAGAGGAAAGAAAUGGGUAUCUGAUGGAGAGGAGGCAUCCAAAGGAAAUGUAGUUGAGGAAGAAGAUGUAAAUGAGGGAGAGGAGAAAGUGGAAGAUGCAGUGUCUGAAGAAGAGGAAAUGGUGGGGAAAAUUACCUUGAAAGUAGAGGAGGUGGUAAAAAUGGGUGAAGCAAUGUCUGAGGAAGAAGAUGCUGCUGAGCAGGCAUCUGAGGAGACUCUGAAGGAAAUGGCAUUUGAAGCAGUGGAGUCUGUGGGGAUGACAGAUUUUGCAGGGAAAGAAGCUGUGAGGGAGGCAGUGCCUAAUGCAGAGGAGACUGUGGAAGAAGGAGACUCCUCAGGAAAGGAGCCAGCUUCUGAGGGAGAGGUGGCUAUGGAAACUGUGUGUGUAGGAGAGGAGGUUGAAUCUGAAGAGAAGAUUGUGGAAGAGGCAACUCUGGAAAAGGCAGAGUCUGCAGUAAGAGAGGUUGCAGGGCAGGUGGAAGCUGAAGGAGGACAUUAUGUGGCAAGGACAGCUUCAGAUGGGGAGGAGGCGCUGAAGAAGGUAGCAUCUGCCGUUACCAGCCAUGUAGAACCUGAGGGACAAAAGGUUGUGGACAAGGCAGCAUUUGCAGUAGAGACGGUUGAAAGGCAGGGGGGAUCUGAAGAUGAGAAGGUAGCAGAAAAGGCAGAUUUUGAAGGAGAAAAGACAGAGUCUCUAGCAAAGGGAACUGCAGAGCAGGUGGGAGAGACUGAAAGAGAGGCCAUGGAGAAGGUGGCCUUUGAGGGAGAGGACUCUGUGGAGAAGGCAGGAGAAGUAAAGGAGACUCUGAUGCUUCCUUCAGGGCAGGUAGUAUCUGAAGGAGAAACUGUGGAGGAGGUGGCUUUUGAGGGUGGGGAGGUUGUGGCAAGGGCAGAGGCUGCAGUAAAGGUGGUUGCAAGGCAGGUCGACGCUAAAGGAGAGGUUGUAAAGGAAGUGGUUUCUACGGGAGAGGAGGUUGUGGGAAAGGGAGAAUUUGUAGCAGAUGAAUUAGUAGAAGCAGUGCAGGUUCCCAGAGUGGAAGGAGGAUCAGACUUAGUGUUGGAGGCAAAGGAGGUUACCCUACUGGGAGGUGAAGCUAUGAGAGAGGAGCCAGUGGGAGCAGGAGAAGUUCUCUUGUUGGAAACAGCAGCCAAACCAGAGGAACCAGUAGGAUUAGAGAAGUUUCCCAUGAGUGAAGCAGUGUCUGAAAUGGAUAGGACAGCAAAAGGAGGGGAAGAUCAUGUAGUGGAACCAGUUCAAGAAAAGGAAGCAACACAAAAUAAAGAUCUAGAAAAGGACCCCACAGUAGACAAAUCAGCACCGCAGUGGGAGGAAAUAUCAUUGGACAGAGAAACAGAGAGGGAAACUUUAAAGGAAGGAGAAACAUGCAACAGUGAGGACGGCCUAGUGGAAGCAUCUGAAAAAGUUAGAGCAAAACAAAAACCUGAAGAAGAAAUGGUAGAUGGAGAAGCAUGCGUAGGGGAGUUGGAGGCUGAGAAAAUGACAACUGAGAGAGAGGAAGUAGGGAAGGCUGAAAAAGAGGAAGUGACAAAGGAAGCAGAUAAACAGGUGAUGUUGUCAAUGGCAGCUCUUGAAAUGACAUCUAUAUUGGAAGAAGAGGUACCUAGUGAUGAAGAAUCAAGAGAAAAAGCCAAUAUAAAUAUAGGAGAAGUGGAAAGUGAAAAUUUGGGGGCUGAGGAAGUGACAAUGGGAGGAGAAAGAAUGUCAGAAGCAUUAGCCUCUGAAGAGGCAAUGGCAAAGGAAGCUGCAGGCAUUGGGAAAGUAAAGGGAAAUGCAAUAACACAUCAAGGUGAGGAGAUGGAAGGAAAAUCAGCACCUGAUGAGAAAGAGGAGGCAGAAGAAGCAUUAACUGGAUGUGAGGUGCAGAAAGAGGAAGAAAGACAUGAAGAGGGCCAUGUAAUAGAGGAGUCAGGUUUUGAAGACCAGAGAGUGAUCACAGGAGAAAGAGUCGCCAAAGAAGAUGGAAGAGCAAGAAAAACAUUUCCCAAAGAAGAAAAACUAAUGACAAAAGUAUCACUGAAGAAAGAAGGAGAAGCAGUGACUGAGAUGGAUUGUGUGACUGAAGAAACGGCAUCUUGCUGUGGUGCAGCGAGGGCACAACCUACCCCUGUAGGAGAGGAAGGAACUGAACAAAGAGAGGCCAACAGGAACUACAGGAUGGGGAGAAGUGGGACAGAAGACAUAAGGGGAGAAAUCAAAUGGAAGCAAUUUGACAGACACAAAAUAGCUGGAACAGAAGUGACAGAAUCUAGAGCAGAAAAUCCACCCGGCAGUCCUGGAGGUGCAGAGCUGCUUGAAGUCAUGCACAAAGAAGAAAGCCCUGCACAGAUAAGCACAGUGACUAUGGGAGCACCCAUUGCUGAAGAGAGAAAUGGAGAAGAAUGGUGACUGAAGAAUGGUCUAAAGCUGGACAUAAUUAUCUUCCCUUGGAUACAAUCCCAGAACGGGGAACAAAGACUCAUCUAAGCAAUCUCUGCAGUUUCUUCAGUGCUAUUAUUUUAGUAACAUUUUUACAAAUCACUGUAGAUUUGUACUGGUUGGGACAUUCACUCUUUCUUUAUUUUACUUUAUGAGUACCAUAACCAUCUGUUACAUUUUACUGGAGCAGCUCUAGAAUGUGCAGCAUACAACUGAAAUAGACCUAUAUAGCCAGUCUUGGAAUUAGCACUCCUUUAUAAUUAUGAAGACAAUAAUCAUAAGGAUUGUUCCACAGCUGUCAUGUAUUUUUUUUGUUCUCAAAAUACACAGAGUUAUUACACUGCUUGAACUUAAACCAAAAAAACUCAGCCAGUUUGAGAUGGCUACACAGGAGGAUAAAUGAUGCUUUAUGUAUAAUAAUAAAAAUGGUUGCAAGUGGUUAUAUGUAUAGAAAUGUGUAUAUAUCAGUAUCACUCCCUCUCUUCUAUGCAGCUUUUUGCAUGCCGCUAUUCUCUGAGGUAUCAUCUUCAUGUGUGCGUGUGUUUAUGGUACCCCUGUGUUUUGACUGGGGCAUUGAGGGAACACUGUAAAGUAAAUAUUAAAUUAUUAUAACAAAAAGAAACCCAGUUCUGCUUCCACGUACACAGUGCAAAUCUUGCAGGAGCUAGUGAAAACUAUGUUAUGUGAUGUAGGACAGAACUACCUCCACUGGAGCAUAUUCUUUCCUUGUACAUGUGUGUACAUUUACUAGAGUGGAAAAUAGAGCAUAGGCAUGAAGUCAGGACUGCAUGUGACAGCACUAGAUGGGGAACAGCUGAUGCCUGAGCAUAGUGGCCCCACUAAAGCCUUAUGAGAUCUAAGGUUCCCUUUUGGGCACAUGCAGUGGUGAGGAGUAAUAGCAUGCUGCACUUCCAAUACCUCUUAAAGGAGCUGUAAAGCAUGGCCCAUCAGACAAUUUCCUGUUGCCAAACCCUGCACAGAUCCAACCUGCAGAUCUAAGACACUCUAGAUUAGACCUGGAGGGAACACUGCAAAAAUUGCCGCAUAAACCUAAUGAAUGAGUGGCGUUUUCACUCUCUGUUUCUUAUGGGCACAACUGAGCAAACUUUUGUUUGGAAGAACAUGCUUGCAUGUGUGUGUAUUGAUUCAGGGAGCGGCUGUAUCUUAAAAGCUUUCUAUGAUCUUGUGAGUUGCUUGGUUAGGAUUUGGAACCUGCACAAUGUAGCUUAAAUGGCCUAUCCCUUAGUACAAAUAGCAAAUGCCUAAAGCAGUUGUAAUGGUGAAUAGUCCUCAAGAAAAUCUAAAGCCUGAAAAAUGAAGUUUAUUUCCUACCUAUGGGGACUUUUUACUAUCUUGCACCAUCUACACUUUUCCCAGAGCCUGACGAAGGGACUUUGAUCCCAAAAGCAUCCAGAAAAGGACAAUUUUCUUGUCAUUUUCCAGUUGGUCUAAUAAAAGGUAUUAUUUUGGAACCAAGAGUUCUAGCUUUUUGUAAACCAUUCACCAAGUCUUUCUGGGUGUCAGCAGCUAAGACAGAAACUGUAAAAUAUGUUGCUCAGCUGUACUCAGUACCUGUCUCCCUUGGGACCACUGGCUGCCUCUGCUGUCCCAAAUAAUUCAGUUCAGCCUCUAGUAAUUUUUAACUAGGCUGAAUUUCAAAUAUUGCCAUUAUUAUGCUUACUAAAAAGCAAGAACCUAUGUUUGAAAGGUUUUUCACCAUUUCCCACACCCUCAGCGUGUAAGUAGAAUCAUAGAAACUUAGGGUAGGAAGGGACUUCAGGAGGUCAUGUAGUCCAACCCCUGCUCAAAGCAGGACCUUCCUCAAUUAGAUCACUUCAGCCAGUGCUUCGCCUAGCUGGGUCUUAAAAACCAUCAUGGAUGGAGAUUGCACAACCUCUCUGGGUAACCUGUUCCAGUGCUUUACUACCCUCCUCAUGAGAGUUUUUGCUAAUAUCUAAUCUAAACUUCCCUUGCUGCAACUUGAGACCAUUGCUCCUUGUUCUGUCAUCUGCCACCACUGAGAAUAGCCUAGCUCCAUCCUCUUUUGAACCACCCUUCAGGUAGUUGAAGGCUUCUAUUAAAUCCUCCCUCACCCUUCUCUUCUCUAGACUCAGGAAGCCCAGUUCCCUCAGCCUCUCCUUAAUAAUUCAUGUUCCCCAGCCCCCUAACCAUUUUUGUUGCCUCCUGGUGGACUUUCUCCAAUUUGUUGACAUCCUUCCUGUAGUGAGGAGCCCAAACUGGAUGCAGUACUCCUCACCGGUGCUGAGUAGAGGGGAAUAAUCACUUCCCUUGAUCUGCUGGCAACACUCCUACAAAUGCAGCCCCGUAUGCUGUUAGCCUUCUUGGAAGCAAGGGCACACUGCUGGCUCAUACUCUGCUUAUUGUCCACUGUAACCCCCAGGUCAUUUUCUAUAUAUCUACUACUCCGCCAGGCUUGGUGUAAUCUGCAAUGCUGAGGGUGCACCCUAUUCCAUAUUCCAGAUUGUUGAUGAAGAUUUUGGACAAAACCUGCCCCAGGACCAACCCCUUGGGGACUCCGCUUGAUACUGGCUGCCAACUAGACUUUGAGCUAUUGAUAUACUACCCUUUGAGCUCAACAAUCCAGCCAGUUUUCUAUCUACCUUACAGUCUAUUUAUCCAAUCUGUACUUCCUUAGCUUGCUUGUGAGAAUGUUGUGGGAGAUCAUAUGAAAAGCCUUGCUAAAGUUGAGGUGUAUCAUGUCCACUGCUCUUCCCACAUCCACAAAUGCAGUCAUCUCAUCACAGAAGGCAAUCAGGUUGGUCAGGUAUGACUGGCCUUUUUCCAGAGACUGAGGUGAGACUGACUGAUUUGUAGUUUCCAACAUCCUCCUUCUUCCCUUUCUUUAAGAUGGGCGCUAUACCUGCUCUUUUCCAAUUGUCCAGGACCUCUCCUGAUCAUCAUGAGUUUUCAGAGAUAAUGGCUAGCUGCUUUGUAAUCACAUCAGCCAACUUAGCACCCUCAGGUACAUUAUCUGGUCCCAGGGACUUGUACAUGUCCAGGUUUUCUACACAGUCUUCAACCAAGUCUUUCACCACUUGACUGCUCACCUUGUCCCCAAACUGUUCUGCCAGGGGUGGUAGUGGCUGAUCUUGCCUGUGAAGACCGAGGUAAAGAAGGCAUUAAAUACUUCAGGCUUUUCCAUCGUCUGUCACUCAGUUGCCUUCCCCAUUCAGUAAGGGACCCACACUUUCCUUGAUCUUCCUCUUGUUGCUGACACUUUAGAAACCUUUCUUGUUACCCUUCACUUCCCUUGCUAGCUGCAACUCCAACUGGGCUUUGGACUUCCUGCUUUCAUCCUUGCAUGCCCAAACAAUACUUUUAUAGUCAGCAAUACUUUUAUACCUAUAUAAAAUGGUAGGUCUUUUUAGAAGCUUAACCUUACAAGAUUUGCAGGUUUGUUUCUGUGCAAGUAUUUCAGGCUAUACACAGCAUUUUGCAGAGUCCAUGUGCUUAUUUGCAUGUGUUGACUAGUAGGGAUUGCUAACAGGUGCUGUGUGAUGUCCUCCCUCCUCUAAGGCUUCAGAUGCUGCCUGAACUACCACUUAGUUUUAACUGGAUCAUGGAAUAAAAUCCAAAGACCUUACAGUAAUUUAUUACUACAGGUUAUUUUUGGUGCACCCACAGGUCAGUAAUUUAAACAUAAGUAACUUGUCUUUGUUGUUUCCUGUAUUGAUAGUUGGAGUUGUGUUUCUAGUCUGGGUACUAAAAAAGAAAGGGAGAAAAGUAUCUAGAGAAGAAAACAACACCCCCCACCCCAAAACAACACAAAAACAAAAAACAGAACUAAUUUCCCUUAAAAGAAAACACAGUGGAGUACUUUCAUAGUCACCAGCAAGGCAUUGUCAGGUGAGCCUGUGAAGUACCAUUGAAGUACUUAGUCUUAUGCAAGAUGUGCAAUACAUUGCUUUGAAAGCAUGCACUUGAAUUGGGACCAUUUAACAGUGGUAAUUUUUAUAAACCAGGGAAUGUCCAUAGAAUAGAUAAGAGUAUUCAAUGAUAUUCAAUAUUAAAAGUGAAGUAAAUGGAUCAUAUUCAUUUAUGUAUUCUUCAAAUGAAUAAAUCUGGUAUUUGUUCUUAAUUUAAAAUCUUGUUACUGGUCUUCAACUGAAAGUGUGUGUGUAUGUAUGUGUACUUUCAUGUUUGCUUUGGUCUAUAUCUAAAAAGUCAUAUCUCACUUUGCGUAGUUCUUCGUAUUUUUGGGAAGUACUACCUUGUAUGACUAGUAAUAAUCACAUUCACAUUGGGCCCAAAGCCCCACUCUUCAUCUUCUUAUCCAUUUCAAUGGGCUUUGGAUCCAGCCAAUUAUUUUAUACAUCAUCAAAGCCUGGAGCAUUAAAUAAUUAAAUGACAUUAAAUUACUUUUUGAAGUAC